CGCAUCCCUGCAGGAUGUCUCUUGUGCGACGGGGUAGCAAGAUAGCUGCGUGUGUGCUAGGAUGCUCCAAACAUACGUUUUAAUUUGCAGAUUAACAAUGACAUAAAUAAUUUAUAAGAAUUGACAUGCUGUCAAUAUGUGACGUUGGACUGGGCGAUCUGAUCAUAUUCUAGAGAGGUGCUUGUUGGCUUGAGUUGAUGCUAUUAUUUACUGAUUUGGUAUGCUAGCUAUAAGCUAAGACUGAAUCUGUACUUCUUCAGCUUCGUAGCUAACUAGCCACUGUAGAGAAAAUGCCAACAGCAAGGAUGACUUUAAUGUUGGCUGGUACAGUGAUUGUUUGCAUACUUCUGGUUGGCUCAGUGGAGAGCGCCCCUGAGGCAGACCCAUACAAAAUCAUUGGAGUGACUAGGACUGCAAGCCAAGCUGAAAUCAAGAAAGUGUACAAGCGCCUUGCGAAAGAAUGGCAUCCAGAUAAAAAUAAAAACCCAGAUGCAGAGGAUAUGUUCAUCAAGAUCACCAAAUCAUAUGAGAUAUUAUCCAAUGAGGAGAAGAGGGCAAACUAUGACCGCUAUGGUCAGACUGACGACACUCAGCCCUAUGGUCAUGGUCACUACGGAAACCGCCCCGACCACUUUUACUUUGACGAGAAUGUCUUCAACUUCCCCUUUAACAAAGGCAGUAGGGACUUUGCCGAUAGCAAGUAUGCACUGCACUUCAAUCAAUACGUCAACGAUGUGGUGCCUAACAGCUUCCAACGGCCAUACCUGAUCAAGAUCACCUCUGAUUGGUGCUUCAGCUGCAUCCAUAUUGAGCCAGUAUGGAAGGAGGUUGUGCAAGAAUUGGAAACACUGGGUGUGGGUAUUGGGGUGGUGGAUGUGGGCUAUGAGAGGCGCCUGGCAAAUCACCUUGGUGCUCAUCGUACCCCAUCUAUACUGGGGCUUAUCAAUGGCAAAGUGACAUUCUUCCACUAUGCAGUUGCCAAGGAACACUUGAGACAGUUUGUUGAGGACCUCCUCCCUCAGAGACUGGUGGAGAAGGUAACAGACAGGAAUGACCUACAGUUCUUGAACAGCUGGCAUGAGCUCAAUAAACCUCAUGUGCUGCUGUUUGACCAAGUACCUGUGGUCCCUCUAUUGUACAAGUUGACAGCAUUUGCCUAUAAGGAUUAUAUGCAGUUUGGAUAUGUGGAUCAGGGCCUGUCAGAGACUGCUAACCUGCUGAAGCAGUUCAACAUCAAUACAUACGCUCCCACCAUCUUGGUUUUCAAGGAGAGUACAGACAAGCCAGCAGACAUUAUACAGGCUAAAGGGAUGAAAAAGCAGAUUAUUGAUGAGUUCAUGUCAAACAACAAGUUUCUUCUCGUCCCUCGAUUGGUCAACCAGAAGCUCUUUGAUGAGCUGUGUCCUGUCAAACAGUUCCACAGACGGCGGAAAUACUGUGUCCUGUUGAUCACUGGUGAGGAGGAGAGUUUUGCUGCUGGCCACCAGGCCUUCCUCUCCUUCGCCUCCACCAACAACAGGGAGGUGGUGAGGUUUGCCUACGUUUACCAGCAGCUACAGCAACCACUGUGCGAUAUCCUCCUCAAGAAAGAAGGCACACCACCUCCACAGGUCCUAAUACUGGAGAGGCGCAACGCUGCAGGGAAGGUCUUGUAUAAGCCGGUGACUGGCGGGUGGAACGGCAGUGAGGAGGACAAGCAGCGUCUACUAGACGAGCUGGAGCGCCUGCAGAAGGACCCGUCCAUCCUCAACUACGACGCCAUGCUGCCAGAGCUCAACAACGAGUUUGCCUCGAUGUUUCUGAUCCGAUGGAUAUAUGCAUCCUAUGAUUACCUCUCUGAAAUCAUAGAUGAUAUUCUUCACAAUAAUUGGCGUGAGAUGAUGCCCCUCUUGUCUCUUAUCUUUUCUGCUUUAUUCAUCCUGUUUGGUACUGUGGUCAUCCAGGCCUUCAGUGACUCGAGUGAAGACAAACCAAAAAUGAAAGACGCAACAAAGUCAGAAAAUGGGUCACCGGGAAGCAAUAGUACCUCAAGCAGCCGACCUCCUAAGAAGAACUUUGUGGAGGUGACUGAGCUGACGGACAUUACGUACACCAGUAACCUGGUGAAGCUGAGGCCAGGACACAUCAACGUGGUGCUGGUCCUCACAGACGCCACCAAGAACAUCCUGCUCAGCAAGUUUGCCAAAGAGGUCUACUCCUUCACAGGGAGCCUGACUCUGCACUUCUCCUUCCUGAAUGUGGACAAGCACAGCGAGUGGAUGGCAACACUGCUGGAAUACGCCCAGGACACGAUGCAGAUCGACGAGGACGACAGCGCCAGCCACAAGGUCGACUACACAGGCUACGUACUUGCCCUGAACGGCCACAAGAAGUACCUCUGCCUCUUCAAGCCCGUCUACACUGGGGAAGACCUGGACGGGAAGUCCUCCGAGGACGAAGGGGGCUCCACGGGGCGGAGGUCUCGACCCGGCUCCCGGGAAGACCACCCACCACGAAGGUCUGUUGCCCGGUCGCGCUCCACCUCCACGCUGCAGGUCCACCACAAGCUGGACCGGCUAGGGCUGUGGAUGGAGAGGCUGAUGGAAGGCACCUUGCCACGCUAUUACAUCCCUGCAUGGCCGGGACUGGACAAGAUUACAGCAAACAAGUAGAGGGUCACAUGACUUUGGUCAUUGAACAUUCUAAAAUAUGAAUGAAGAGACAUACUUGUACACAUUUUAACUAGAUGCCAAUAUGUCCUCAUAGCAGUGUUUCUGCUGUGAGAGUGUGAUACUUGGGACAUUUUGAAUCCAGUACGCAUGUAUGUUAUUUUCGAUGGAGAGCACCAAUCAGUCUUCAUACACCAACAGACUUGUCUCAUAUUCUGCUGGAGCUAGAACUGCCUUUUUGCACUGGGAUAGGCUAUUUAUUGGUUGCAUAUGCUUGGAAAGUACAGUAAGGUCAAUGAGAACAGAUACCAUUACUAUUUGACAGUGUCCAAUCAUGUUUGUCUCCGGAUUGCAUUCUCAGCAUGUUUAUGUUACUUUAAAUUGCUGCUGUGACAACCUGUAGAUUUACAUUUAGUCAUUUAGCAGACGCUCUUAUCCAGAGCGACUUACAGUAAGUACAGGGACAUUCCCCCGAGGCAAGUAGGGUGAAGUGCCUUGCCCAAGGACACAAAGUCAUUUGACAUGGCCAGGAAUCGAACCAGCGACCUUCUGAUUACAAGCCCGACUCCCUCACUGCUCAGCCACCUGACUCCCAACAGUAGAUGAGUAAAUCUGAAUCACUGUGGUCACCUGUAAACUUCUGCCUUGACAACCAUACCAUUUGCGCUCACAACCAUCAGAUCCUGCUCUGAUAACACUGUCUCCACUAGCUUACUGGUGAUCGAUUGAUACUGUGAAUAGAUUAUAGAUGCAUGUGUCCAGGUCCUCAUGAUUUUGUUUACCUUUUAGCCUGAAUUUAAAUUUCCUACAUGUUAAUGUUUUCUGCCUGUGCACUAUACUGUAACAACAAUGCCUUCUUUUAUCCCAUGGCUGCUAUAAUUCCAUGUUCUUACUUGGUCUCAUGUAGGUAUGUUGCAACAACAAGCAAGGUAUGAACUUUGUAACUCUUUUGUAACUCUGAGUAUAACUUGGUUAUACUACCCAUGGUUAGUCCUAAACAAACCAAAUCUUGCCUGCAGCUUUAUGUAGCAAUGCAUUGACUUCACUUUGGAGGAGCAGGUCUCAUGAAAUGUGUCCAGCUGUAAAUGUCUUCCGAAUGGUUAUGGUUGUUUAAUACAUUAUCUGUCUCAAAGGAAUGAGGGCAGUGACAUUCAAUAUUCAUAACAAUUGGAUUGUGCUUAUUCCUUUAGUUUCAAAACAUUAACAUUUAUAUUUGAUCAAGACAUGUAAAUAUUAUUGAUAAUAUACCAUAUUAACUACAUAUUACUUGUAUUUUAUUAUACUAUCAUACUGCUGUCCAAUGUGAUCCUGUCAUACCAACAAUGUCAUUUUGUUCCGUUACAGACAUGUGUUUUGGUAUCUAGUAGAAUAAAUUGAGAAGACAUUUGUUUUACAAAAACACUAGACUAGGACCAUAUUUGCAGAUAUGUGAUUGUUACUGCAACAGUGCAUUAUCCUCUUGCUGUGUGUAAUAAAUGCUUUGUUCAUAUAUGAACAAGUGAU